GCUUUAUUGUGAUGGGGUCGGCUUUAUUUUGAGGCACCUCUUGUCAAAGCCUAAAAGAUUUUCUUUUCUGCAUGGGUGACUGCCCCUAUGUGACCAAGGUGGCACCUGCUGCUUUGGUGAUGGAUGGUUGACAGGGGUGGGAGCUCUCACCCCUCCAUCCUGAGGUUAUCCUUCUGAUCUUUAUCCUCAUACCUCAUCCUCUCUAAAUGCUCUCUUACAUAGCAGAUAUGCAACAAUCACACUUGGUAUAGGGGGAAAAAAAUACAACAUUAUGACAUUACAAUGCUUUAGAUGUCAUGUUUUGUGUAAAUCAUGUGCAUAUUUCUGCACAGACCUUUCUGCUGUGAUUUAAUGCCCUGCUUCAUUCUGAUACCUCAUGUUCUCCAUAUAUAUACCAGAUAUGGAGCAGCCACACCUUUAAGAGGGAUGGUGAUACUCGCAAUAACUUUUACCUACUUCAUAUUUAAAUAGCAUUUGUCAUUGCUGUAUUAUUAUGUAUCUGUAUUUCUACAAAUACUAAUGAUUCUGCUCUAAUUUAGUGUUCCUCUGCUCCUCAUCUUCCCCACAUCCUCUUUUAUAUAACAGAUAUGCAACAACCACACCCUAUAUAGAGAGAAAUAUAAAACUCAGGCUACUUGUGGGACACUAACUGUGACUUUUAGCUGCUUUAAGUUUAAUAUACAGUGAAAUUCCAGUGAUAUUUCUGUUUAGACUUUGGAUUCUCCUGUGAUAGAUCCAAUGGAAUUGAUAAAACUAUUUAAUUAAAAGCGUCGUGUCAGUAACAAUAGCUUCUACAUCGCCUCUCUCUGUGUUUCUGAUGCACGAGGAAGUCAGUCAGUGGAGCAGAUGUUUCUUCUUUCUUCUUUAUCCACAGGUCAAGUCUUGAGUUUUUUUUUUUUUUUUUUGCAAAGUCAGAAAACGGUGACAGGAGAAGAGGACGGACGCCCUUCAGCAGCUGCAGCCACGGACGUGCGCGCACCGCUGGAGGCAGUCGAGCUGCAGACACCGCGGGGUUUGUUUGGAGGAACUCUGGCUGAUGUUAGCGGCGGAGAGAGGGGACGAAGGGAGCUGGGUGGGCAUGACACGAGAGCCAAGUCUGCACAGAUACAACAAAUACCCAAAGUAUGUCUGCGGCAGGGGAGGGUCGACGCUCUGAGGGACUUGACACAGGUUCCUCACGAAAGCACAGCGCCUCUCACUGGUGUCUGCAGAAUAUCGCACAAGAAUCAGUUGACAGCUCUGAUGAGGAGUUCUUUGAUGCCAGAGAUGUUAUGGAGGGGAAGAGCGCCAUUCUGCUGGGCAUGAGUCAGUGGAACUCAAAUGACCUGGUGGAACAGAUCGAAACUCUGGGACACAUGGAGGACCAGUCACAUGAGGGUCUCUACCAGCUGGGUGGUCCACGCUGUGCCCCUCAGAGCAGCAUUGAAGGACUGGAGGACAUAGAGAGGAAAUGUAAGACCCAUGUGCUGCUGCUCGUGGUGCAUGGGGGAAACAUCUUGGACACAGCAGGCGGAGACCCCAGCACAAAGGCUGGUGAUGUGGCCACCCUGGCCUCGGUGCUGGAGAAGGUGACGCGGGCACAUUUCCAGGCUGCUGCAGAACACGUGAUGAUCAAGCUGGUGCCAUGUCCGGCUGUGUGCGCUGAAGCUUUCUCUCUUGGAUCAAAUCUUAACCCAUACAGCUACGAUGAGAGCUGUGUGUCCAGCAGCGUGGACCACCUACCCCUGGCUGCCCUCCCCCUCCUGGCUAUCGUCUCACCGCGCUACCAGGACGCCGUAGCGACCGUCAUCGCCCGGGCCAACCAGGUCUACCGCAGCUUCCUGCAGUCAGAGGACGGCCAGGGAUUCACGGGUCAGGUAUGCCUGAUGGGCGACUGUGUGGGAGGUGUGCUGUGCUUUGAUGCUUUGUGCUUCAGCAACCACCAGAGGCCUGGCAGCCCCAACAACAGCAGCAGGAACAACAGCACUGAGAGCCUGAAGGAUAACUCGGGCCUGCUCGGGGAGUCCAGCCCGGGUCUGAGUUCUAGCAAGAGGCUGAGCAAGAGCAACAUCGACAUCUCCGCCCCCAACGAAGGGCACAGUCAGGGUGGGCCGCCGCUCAGCCGGAAGCAAAGCGAUUCGUAUGAUGGAGAUACCUCGUCCACCGGCCAGCACAGCUUUUUCUCCAGUUUAAUGAAAGAAAGUGAGCUGCGUGGCAGCAGUAGCACCAGUCUGGUGCUGAACCCAGGCCGAUUCGACUUUGAGGUGUCAGACUGCUUCCUGCUGGGCUGUCCGCUGGGCCUCGUGCUGGCCAUGAGACGCACUGUGCUACCUGCCGUCCAGGUGAGCCAGCUCCAUCCAGCCUGCUCUCAGAUUUUCAAUCUGUUCUACCCCUCGGACCCUUCAGCCUCCAGACUAGAGCCACUGCUGCAGCCUCUCUUCCAUAAGUUGCCACCAUUUGCUGUGCCACGCUACCAGCGCUACCCUCUGGGAGAUGGACGCUCAGUGCUCAUAGCGGAAAGUAUCCAAGGCCAUCCAAAUGUGUUUUUGGAGGAUGAACAGACCCACGGAGGUCCAGCUUCACAGCAGUCCUCUGGGGUGAAGACUGAGGGAGGAAGAGGAGAAGAGGGAGGUCGCAGAGCCAGCUUGACCAGUGUGGAAAGUGGAACGUCAAUGUGCUCCAUGGGCCAGCUGGGCAACACCAUCGCUAACAUUUCCAGUGGCUGGUGGGGCUCCAAAAGGCUGGAUUAUGCUCUGUACUGCCCUGAUGUGUUGACUGCCUUCCCAACUGUGGCUCUGCCUCACCUUUUUCAUGCCUCCUACUGGGAGUCUACUGACGUAGCAGCUUUUGUUCUCCGGCAGCUCAUGCGAUGCGACUGUGUGAAGACCCAGGAAGCGGACAGCAUGGACUCGGCUCCAUUCUCUCCUUCCAGCCCACGGGAAAAAUGGCUCAGAAGGAGGACACAUGUCAAACUAAGGAACGUCACAGCCAACCACAGGGUGAAUGAUGUCAUCGCCACCGAGGAUGGGCCUCAAACUCUUGUCGGUCGCUUCAUGUACGGACCCCUGGACAUGGUCACUCUGACUGGGGAAAAGGUGGACAUCCUGCUGAUGACACAACCCCAGUCUGGUCGCUGGGUGCAUUUUGACACAGAGGUGACCAACAGCAGCGGCAGAGUCACAUAUACCAUACCCAAGAGCAAGAAACUCAGCCUGGGUGUCUAUCCAAUUAAAAUGGUGGUCAAGGGGGAUCAAACGAGUGCAGAGGCCUACCUGACUGUGUUGCCACGGGGCAUGGAGUGUGUGGUCUUCAGCAUCGAUGGCUCUUUUGCAGCCAGCGUGUCCAUCAUGGGCAGCGACCCUAAGGUCCGCCCUGGGGCUGUCGAUGUCGUCAGGCACUGGCAGGACCUGGGGUAUCUGAUCAUCUACAUCACAGGCCGCCCUGAUAUGCAGAAACAGCGUGUCGUAUCUUGGCUCUCGCAGCACAAUUUCCCCCAUGGGAUGAUCUUCUUUUCCGAAGGCCUGGUUCACGAUCCCCUGCGACAAAAGACUAUCUUCCUCAGGAACCUCAUACAGGAGUGUCACAUUAAGAUCAACUCUGCUUAUGGCUCCAUGAAGGACAUCUCUGUUUACAACAUGCUUGGUCUCAGCCCCUCUCAGAUUUAUAUUGUUGGCAGACCUUCGAAGAAAUACCAAAAUCAGUGCCAGUUCUUGAGUGAGGGCUACGCAGCGCACCUCUCCACCCUUCAGUUUGGGCACAGAGCCAGACCCAAGAAAUCCCCCUCGGUUCGUAUGGUCCUAAGGAAGGGCUCAUUUGGUCUUUCUGCGAAACCUGACUUCCUGUGUAAGCGCACCCACCUGCGCAGGACCAUGUCGGUGCAACAGCCCGACCCGCCGUGCACACCCAACCCCAAGCCUGAGCGAGCCCAGAGCCAGCCGGAGUCUGAUAAGGACCACGGUGGAGGAGGAGGAGGAGGAGGUGGAGGGGGAGGAGGAGGAGGCGGACAGGUGGCGGACAAGGUGCAUGGGGACGGGCCUCCAUACAUCGUGGAGACACGACUCCCUGACAUCAAAAAAGAGAUGGAAGGAUUGCAGGAGGACAGAAGAAGAGGAGAACAAAGGGGUCUCAGUGUCCAGGGCCAAGUGUCACCUCUACCUACUGUACAUGUACAUUGGAUCUCAGCUCAGCUUUACCUCCUGCUUGGCCCUCUACACUUUGCCACCUGUUCUGCCUUUUUUUGUGGCCUGCUUGUGGAUAAUGUCACUUAGUCUUUGUGCCUGAAAUUUUAAGAAGAUGACGGGGAUGUGCAGUGAUUUUUGCGAAUGUCUGUGUCAAGCUCAAAUUGUGUCUAAUUGUAAAAUCAGAAGAAUGUACUCAAGAUCGUAAAUAUACACACACAUUCACGCACACACAUGCUUCAGAGGAUGAAAAAUGCGGUGCCCGUGGUGACUUGGAACCUGCUGGGACUCUGCACCACGCUCUGAUCCCAUUCAGACUGCUGUGCUGACAGGCAGUCACACGCCGGCGCCCUUAUGUAAAUACUCCCAACACACAUCAUCCCUGCGUGGGCCUCUGGACACAGAAGCACUGUGACGUUUAGGUUCAAGCUCUGCAAUCCGACUGACCUCGCUGAACACUGGCCUCUGCCUCCAUUUCACUCCCACUGUUAGAUGUCUCCCUAGAACCGAUGCUGUGCUGUCCUGCUCCUCCUGCCACCUCCCCAUCUCCUUCUUUUCCCUAAACCAGUCAGGCAGAACAUGCCUUUCGACAGCCGCUGACCCGUUGUGGUGUGCACGACUCGGUCACCAAGGUCGCAUUUGCACUAUCAAAGUACACCGCAGUCGUUCUCGAUUUAGCUGCGGUGCUAGCUUCAGAAACAAAGAGUUGUGUUUGUAUUUUAUUGUACUUGUAGUUUUUGUUUUUUCCUGCAGAUUGUUCGCUGUCACCCUCUGUUGGUUACUGUAACUACUGGAGGAUUAAACACAAAUAGUUUGAAGGAAAGUGUUGAUGUAGCCAAAAAGUGUUUACAGAUUGGUAGACACAGCUGUAAGGAAAGUGAUCAAGUCCAGUUUAUCUACACAUUUACAAUGAUAGUGUAAUUAUCAUUGGUGGCAACGUUAGUUUAGUUGCUUGGUAGUUGCAGUAGCUUGCAGGAUAUUGUACAUUAGACCCCAUGCCAGUUGAAACUCCACCAGGAUGCUGUUGCAUCCAUUUAUUACAGCUGCACUGGAACCAAUAGAUUUGUGAUUAAAUCUGAUGCUGUCUUGUGCACUCGAGGUUGAAUUGAGUCUUACUGUGGCCAUGUUUAAAACUCUGUGCAAGUCAAACAUAUUUUUCUAUGAGGAAAUAUUGUAAAUAGAAAUAUUUUCAAUGUAUGUUUUUGAACCUUUUGUUGUUUGACGGUUGAUUUUUUGCCUUAAAUUGUACUUGAUGUUGUGUAGAGAUACAGACUUAUUUUAUUUGUUUGACCAAAGUAUUGAGUUUUACUGUUACAUCAUGACAAAGUGCAUUUUAUCUAGUUGAUAUUUUUGCUUUGACAUGUUUUAGAUACCGUAUAUGUGUGUGUGCGUGUGUGUGAGUGUCUAGGUAUUUGUUGUGGAGUUGUAUUUACUGUGAAUAUGAAGACAGCGAUGACAAGUAAAGGUCUCUGCAGAGGAAUCAGGACACCGGGAGGCCAGUGUUAACAUGCCUGCAUGUUCUCACUGUGGCUCACUACUGCCGGCUUUUCAGAACUGAGCGUGUAUUUUUAUAGAUUUGGAUUGAAGCAGUCUGUCGGAGGAUUACUUGGUCGAGGUUUUUAUACCUGCUAUGAAAGAAAAAGGGCUUAUGAGUUCUUAGGGUGUCUUGGUUUAGCUGAAAACCUGCAUAGCGGAGAGUGGAAAAUGCAAGCAAGGAGGAAGCUAUCUUUGACUUGGUUUCUUUCACCCCCUGUAAAUCACAGGUGGUCCAGUAAUUAGCCAUUUGAUUACUACUAAGUAUGUAUGACUCCCUGUAGUGAUCCCCCUGUACUUGUAGUGCACCAAUUAGUAUUACUUGGUAAUUGUAUAAUAUUGUAGAAACACUACUGAAAUACUUAACUCAAUUUUGUUUUGCGUUUAAAUUGUUAAUACAGAAACAUUGUCAUCCAAGCAACAAGAUGAUCAUUCCCAUCAAUGUACACACAAUAAUCAAAGUGACUCCAUCAGUCUGUUCAACACAUAGUGAUAUUCUCUUGCCACGAUGAUACCCUGGAGGAGUGAAAUAUUUAAGCUGGGCAGCAUUUUAUUACACCAAUGUUAGUAAAUGGCAAAUAAUGAUCUAAAGGUUAAAUAGUGAUUGUUCUGUGCAUGUUAAUGAUUUGAUAUUGGUAAGUAAUGGCUAUCAAUUGUCAUGUUUGUGGCACCCUUAAUUAACGAUAGAGUAGUUAUUUGUAAAUAAGUGGUGAAUGAUUAUUCAUGGAUUCAACCACCACGUGCUUAGUAAAAUCAAAAUCAGUACUUUAUGAUUAAUAACUGAUUUUUUUCAAUAGUAAAAAUACACUCAAGUGUAAAGGAGCCAAUGCAUUAUAAAUUACUUUUACUUCAGACUGUCACUCAUUUAGUGGGAUCAAUGGAAACUGAUAAAUCAUUCAAAUUCCAUUUUCAUUUUCUUCUUAGAUAGUAAAGGCUAAUAAUCCUUAAUAAUGAAAGAACAACAGGACAUGUAAUAUAAAAUUAUUGUAUUUAUAGAAAGAUGUAAGUGUUGCACAAUUAUUGCCUUCAAAUAAAUCUGAUUAACCUCUUGUUAAGUACUAAUUAAUAUUGUCAAAUGAUUAGUAUUCACCAAAUCAUGACUUAACUAUUGGGUAUUGACCUAAUUUGCCAUUUAUUAACAAUUCUUAUGAUUUAUAAAGUAAGCUUUUGUAAGUUAACUAAAACUGUUGAUUUUAUUUAUUUUUGUGAUCUUAUUUUUGGUCUUAUGAGUAUUUGACACUGGCCUUUUGACCAAUGAGGGAAAAAAAAAAACGCUGGUUUCACUGCUGCAAAGUUUAUUGUUUUGUACAGAUCUCCUGUGAUGAUUAACAUGUUAUUGUGUUUACUGGACUCGGUCUGCCUUUCAUUAUUGCAUAAAUAAAGAUAUUUCACAAUUGAAUAAUUUA